AUGUAUCUUUUGGGAAUUGUAAUUGCUACAGUGUUUUUCAACGCAGCCAAAGCGGAUUAUUGUGGUUGCAAGUCGCUACGUCCUUGUUACAAAAGGAUGUUAGAUGCAUUACUUGUUGAUGAUGAAGAGCCUUGUGUUGAGAAUGUUGCCAUCGGAUCCAGCACAGUGACGAUAUUUCUGAAAGCACUAAAAACGUACUGCGGUUACACAGUUCAGGUUCAUGAUAAUUUUACGACACGUGAAAACAGAAACUUAUUUGAGGUUUGUGUAAAAAAGAUAGUAAUUAUUAACGGUACAAAACCUAAAGGUAGAGAAAAAGAGUCUAGACCGAUUAUACUCUUAGACGCAGGUCAAGAUGCUGGCUCCGAACCUGUUGCCUUUGCGCUGUAUAUAAUCGAACAACUUGUAGCGUGCGCUGAUAACAUAAAUAUGAUACGGAAGGUUAAAUGGGUGAUCUUACCAUCUACUAAUCCGGAUGGGUUAGAGUACAGGAGAAAUAAAAAGGAAUACUGGAGAAAGAAUAUGAACUAUUUACAAAACAAGACUUACGGUGUAGAUAUAACAAGAAACUUUGAUGACUCUUGGAAUGUUUGUCCGAUCACUGAGAAUAUAUUUUCACAAACAUAUCAGGGUCAAGUUAAUUCUGAAAAUGAGACUAAGUUCAUAAUAGACGUCUUAAAGAGAUAUAAAAAUGAUAUAAAUACGUACAUUUCGUUGCGACGCGACGGUCACGGUAUAUUUUAUCCGUAUGCCGCCAGAAAUAUAACUUUUAACUCUAUAGAAAAGGUUAAGAAAAGAGCCGGCGAUGUAGCAGCUAAAGUAAAUCAUAGAGCUGGAAGCUUUCAGUGGUUUGUCAAUGAAAGUAUCUAUAACGUGAAUGAAGAAGCUCACUGCGGGCACAGCGUCGACUACGCCGUUAACAAGAUGGGUAUCCCUUACUCAUACGAAAUGCGUAUUUUCUCGGAAAGCGCCAACAAAUACAUAAAAAAUUUUCAGUCUCUACCCAAAGGAUACGAGGUUUCAUUAAGAGCCGGCUAUUUUAGCGGUAUUAGAGAAAUAUACAAUUCAAUUAUCAAUGAAAUGAAACAAAAGAAGAAACUGAAAUAAACUCAUACGAAUCCA